CGCACCAUGUCAUUCCUCAAUCCAUUCACUCGUCCAUCCCGAGGAGGCGCUGCUUGGUUCCACACCGGUCCAGCUUCGUCAUAUCCCAAUAUCCUCGAUGACAUCCGUGUAGGCGAAAGGCGUCUAUGCAACAACGAACAUGUACCAGGAUGCAAAGUCUUCCACGUGCCGCGAGAAGAUAGCUCUCUUGCCACGGAGAUAGCCAUCGAUGACUGGAAGGACCCCGAAUCUGGCGGGAACGCACGCGAUCAAGUCAUGGUGUUCCAGUACAAGGGGAAGUUCAUUGCAAUUAAUCAUGAAUGCCCGCACUCGUCGUAUCCGCUCUCUAAUGGUACGCCGUUUGAUAUCGAGGAUUUUGGCGUGACGUUGAGUUCUGGCAUCUCUUGUCCAAAACAUGAGUGGUCUUUUGACCUUCAUACCGGCAAAGGGGACCGUGGGAGCUACAAACUUCAAGUCUGGGAAGUUCAGCUUCGACCAAGUACAUCAGAUGGUGGAGAAGAAAGAGAGGAAAUGGAUGUGUGGGUGAGAAGGAAGCAGAGGAUUGGGUGAACUUUGGUGUUGUGAUUGAUUUGUAGUUUAUCCGAGAACAAAUGGGCAGGGAAGUACACGGAAUUUGGACGAGUUGCCGUCUCGACUCUAGGCUGCGCUCUUACGAUUUGGUUCUGAGAUCCGCCUUGUCGGCAUUCAACUGUGUAUGGAGAAGACCACUUGCGCAUAGGAUCUCAAGAAAUACUAGAAUUGACGUCACGCUGUUUAGAUGUUUCGUUGAAACCACGUCACAUUUUACCAUCAUGUAGGAAACUGUCGAGAAUGC